CGGAAGUUGAUGAUGAAUCAAAGAGGUCAACCGAACCGUUUCGACAUUCGAGAGUACGUGGCUUUAUCUUCGUCAAGAUUUACACUAUGUGGAUUUAAUUUAGGUUUUCCUGUGCACUAUUAUUGAUCUCACAUCUUAAAAGCGUUUCAAAACUAUCAAAAAAUGGAGUGAUGGACACAGUACAGACCAUUUUGAGCGGUUUACAAGAUUUUGCGGAGUGCGACAUGAACAUUCCCUCCAACCUGUAGCUUUCUCACACAACAACUACAGAGCAGAACUAUUCUCAAGAUGAUGGGUUCUGGUAGCAGUCUGGGGCGAGUCCAUCAUGAGAGACUGGCCCCAUAUAUUAUUCUCCUUGUGGUUACCAAGUGUCUUCAGGCUCUGGGUAUCUUUAUCUCAUAUGAUGUCCUUAAACUCGUCCACCUUGUCAUAUUUGUAUUCAUUAUGAAAUCAGGAUCUGCAGCUGUUCUCUUUGUGUUGCAGAGACCUCUAUCUACCGGUAGAAGACUUACCAAGCGUCAGUGGAUUAGAGUUUUAAGACAUGCGGUAGUUCAGACCCUUAUAUCUGUCCUUUGGAUAUUUGGGUUAACACUCUGUGGCCCACUCAGAUCAAUCUUAUUAUUUGAGCACAAUGACGUAGUCAUCAGUGGUUUUGUUGCUGCAUUGUUUACGAGUCGAGGAGGUGGUCCAAGCAGGACGAGAGGUGGGUUUAUGUUUCUUCUUGCCAUUUUGUCUCUCUUACUUUUUGAUGUGGAUCUUCAACAAAAGCAGCUUGAACAUCCUGAGGGCCCACAUAAAAGUGCAGUGACCCACAUCUUUUACCAGGCCAUUUCUUGGUUAGGGGUCUCGGACCAUAAGGGUGGUGUCAUCUUGCUGGUCGGCCUGCUGUUUGUGAAAGUGGCCUUCAGGAAUGUGUCCAGGAAGCUGUCGGUGGACGUGGGUGGUUCCAAGCGUCUUCAUGCUCUAUCAACGUUCAUCUCGGCACUCAUGCUUCUACCUUGGACUCUAAUACAUUUAUUUGUUCAUCAGAAUGGGCCGGAAUCAUGGAGAUCGUUGAUCCUCCCCUUUGCAGCUCUCAUCUUAGUCCUCUGCAUCUUAGACUACUAUGUAGAAUCAGUCUCCAUUAACCAUCUGGAGGUUUUCAGGACAGCUAGAUUCAGUGGAUACUCCCUAUUUCUGAGUGGACUGGUCCUAAGCUACAUCUGGGGCUCUUCCUACAACGCGGGAGAUUCCAUUCUUGGAAGGGUGGGCGAGUUCAGGAUGGAGGACCACGCCCUGACGGGAGGGGUCAUCUUUAGUGCAAUAUUGUUUAUAUGGGCUACCAGGGUUCUUGGGUGCCCCCUCCCCAAGCCUGGGUCCAAGGGAAGUCUGGUAGGGUACACCGCCGGGGGUCUGCCCCUCUACAACUUCACAGGCGACACCCUGCAAAGGACAUCCCAGUCCCUCUUCACCCUCUCCAAGGGCUUCUUGAGGCAGAUCCUGGAAUCGUAUGACUCCAGGCAAAUCUUCUACUACCUCUGCAUUAACUUGGUGUUCACAUUUGUUGAACUGUCCUAUGGUAUGUGGACUAACAGCCUUGGUCUGAUCUCUGAUGGAUUCCACAUGUUGUUUGAUUGCACUGCUCUAGUCCUGGGUCUCUGUGCUGCAGUCAUGUCACACUGGAAAGCUACCAGGACAUACUCGUAUGGGUAUGGCAGGGUGGAGGUGUUAUCUGGUUUUAUCAACGGACUCUUCUUGGUUGUGAUUGGCUGCUUUGUAUUCACAGCUGCCAUUGGUCGUCUCUUGGAUCCGCCAAAUAUCAACACAGAUAAACUCAUGACUGUUUCAGUAAUAGGCCUCAUCGUCAAUCUCAUCGGCAUCAUGGCAUUCAGCCACGCCCACACUCACAGCCAUGGGGGAGGAGGAUCCAGUCAUGGCCACUCCCAUGGAAGUACAAGCUCCUCCUCCUCCUCAGCAAGUCACGCCCACUCCCAUGGUGGUGGCCAAUCAGGCCAUGGGCACGCGCACCAACACGGAGCAUCAGAUCACCAAGGAGGACAAGAGAAGAAAGCAGCAUGUCAGGCCAAGAACACAAACAUGCAAGGUGUAUAUCUCCAUGUGCUGGCGGACACAAUGGGUAGCGUGGGCGUCAUCAUCUCAGCGUUCCUGGUGGAGCACUUUGGUCUCCUCGUCGCAGACCCCAUCUGCUCUAUCUUCAUCUCGGUCAUGAUUCUCAUUAGCGUGGCCCCGUUGCUAGGGGAUACGGCAGCCAUCUUGCUUCAGAGGAUACCACCCGAACUGGAGCCUGGCUUGAAUGAAGCAUUGUUCAAAGUCCAGUCCAUAAAGGGCGUGCUUUCGUUCCGCAAACCCCAUUUCUGGAGGCAUUCGGGGGACAUGGCUACAGGGACCCUCCACAUACAGCUUGAACAAGAAGCCAAUGAACAGAAGAUCAUCCAGCAGAUAACCGCCCUAUUCAAGGAACAAGGUCUGAAAAAAAACUUCACUGUACAGGUAGAGAAGGAGGCAUUCUUCCAGCACAUGUCCGGACUGAGCGCCAACUUUGACCAAGUUCUCAAGAUGACCAACCAGAUGAAGCAGAUUGGCGGCUUGGACUCCCAGCUCUAUGAUAUCAAGGCUGUCUAAACUGUGAUGGGGCGCUCAAGAUCCAGCACAUGUUCGGACUGAGCGCCAACUUGCUAUAAGGUCUGUAACGUGAAGGCUGUCUGUACUGUGCCCAGGUGCUCGAGUCUUUUCAAUCAGAUAGAGCAAAUUGGCCACUUGGACUCCCACAGCUCUAUGGUAUCAAGGCUGUCCAAACUGUGGCAGGGUGUAUACGUUCACCUUCAGGACGUAGGAGAUUGGCCACAUAGUCGCAGCUCUUAGACCAGGUUCUCAAGAUGAUCAACCAACCAGAUGGAGCAGACUGGCUACUUCUUGGAAUCCCAGCGUUAUGAUAUCAAUGCUGUUUAAACUGUCAAAGGGUGUUCAAGAGUGCCAAUCUGAUGCAACGAGAAGGCCAAUGGACUCCCAGUUGUAUGCCACCAAGGAUAUGCAGAGCUAACCGAGAAGACUAACCAGUUUGCAGCCAGAUAUGAUAUUGAGGAAUCUUAACCCUGAUGCAAGAGAUCGCUCAGUUGGACUCCUAUAUUUGUCAUAUCAAGGUCUUUCAAGCUCUCAGUAUUAUCAGAUGUAUUAGAUCAGCUAUUUGGACUCCUAGCUACCACACGUAUGAUAUCAAAGCUACUUAAAGUUAAACUUGUGCUUUUAGGGUCCAUCUGCAUGUACAUCUCCAGGUUCUUUGAAGCCGAAGGUUUAUGAAUAUCUACCGGUAGGUCAAAUGUCUCCCAGCUGCUUAUUAUGAAGGCUGUUUAAAAUAUUGGCCUUUUGGUGUUUGCCUUCAUGUAUUUUCUGUCCCAUUGGAAACUGUAUGUUUGUGAUUUGAAUACACAAGCCUAUGUUUCCUGUGAUUGAGUAGCUACAUUAAGGCACACUGUCUUUAAUACUUGUGGCUACUUGCUCCCUCUAUAUAGAAAACUUCCCCAAUCGGUGCCUGUUGGUCCCCCAUGAUCCUCUUUUUCUUAUGUUAAAUGAGAGCUGAGUUAAUGAGAAAGCCACCUGUCACAGUGACCUCGCUGGCUCGCUCGGUGGUCUAAUCCAUUCUAGUUGAAGUAGUAAAGCCUGCCUUUAAGACAUGUUCUUCAAAUUCCAUUUUUUGUAAUUUUUCUCAAACACAAGUCUGAAAGCAAAAAAGUCUAAGAGGGAAUAAUACCAAACCUGUCAGGUCCUUGGAUUGUUAUGACAGUAAAAUAACUUUUCCGUGGUUAUGGUUGAUUUUUGAGGACCGAGAUUGUUCUUUUCUUAAGUAAUCCAUGAAUAUUUCAUAAGGACAUACAAGUAAUGUCACAUUAUGCAAAUUAGAAACCAAAGUGCCCUUUGACGCACUCAAAAUGUUGCAAGCCUACACCCCUCCCUUCUCAAAUACUGAAACAUGUGUAUCAAAUAAGGGAUGAUAUUAGUUCUUUUCAGCCACAAUGACUUGCCAUACACACGUUCAAUUUAGUUUUGCUGAGGUAGAAGAGGUAUUGAAUCUGUUAGUCUAUAAAGUAGAUAACAAUAACAAAUGUUUAUCCUAUGUUGUCUUUAAUAACAUACAUAUAGCACAUUGUCUAAAUUUGUAUAUUCUGAAAUGGGGUGCUCAUGCACACCAUUUCAGUCAUAUUUGCACAACUUGUACAAUUACCUUUGCUUUUAUUGUAUUUCAUGUAAUAGGUAAUAUGAAACAGUUAAUCAUCUGUGUUUUUAUACGUAGAAUGAUACACAUUGAUACAUUUUUGCAGGGUUGGUGUAAUAUGCAUGCAUGCCAUUCAAUCCGAUUUCUUUCAAAGCAUUUAGCAAAAUCUUUGCAGGAUGUUUUACAGAAUCAACAUUUUACAAGUCGCUUGAAAACAUGCUCUUUUCAAAUAAUGUUAGCAAGAUCUCUCUCAUCAUUCUCAUGGCACGAUGAACAGUUUUUGUUGUGCGAGGUGUUUAAAUUAUUGAUUACCUUUAAAGGAGUUUGGAUCGUUAUUACAAGCAUUAAUGCAAGGGCUAUUAUGCAAUUAAUUGGUUGCCUAAACUCAAGCAAGAAGUUUACAAAUUGACUUAGAUUUCUUGUUGGCACCUUCUUGUGAUUUUGCACACAUGGUAACAAUGGCAUCUCAGAUCUCAUCGCAAUGCAGGUGCAUGCCU